UUUUUUUUUUUUUUUGUUGAACUUUUUUUUAAUUUUCAUUACUAGUCUUGCUAAACUUAAUGUUUGUGAUGCAAGUAUGCUUUUCCUUAUUUCCGGAUGCUCUUUCGUACAAAGAUUGUGUUUCAGGGGCUUUGUUCUGGUGGUGCUCCGACAGGAGAGGCUAUAGAUUUCGCAGAUAUCUUCCCGAAUAUUCCUCGUUCGUUAUGCUGGCUGAUGGCCUCAUUGCUUUGAACAUGGAGAAGACUUUGGUGAAGCUUGUGGAUAAGGUUAUGGUGAAGGCGGAGUUUUUGGAUAGGGAGGCUAUGGUUAUGGUUUUUCUUAGGAUUCGUAACUUCACCGCCGGGUUGGCUGCUUUUGGCCGGAUUUUGGAUAGCCGGAGAACUAGAAAAAGGUUCAUUGUGUUCAAGAUAGAGCAAAAGCAAAAGCAGGUAAUAGUCGAAAAAGUCAGUGAGCCCGCACAAAACUACGAGGACUUCACCGCCUCUCUUCUUGCUGAUAUGCUGUUUACGACUAAAUGAUAAGGUAAUCAUUGAUAAGGUAUGAUUAUUGAUAUAGUCCGGAGCUCAACUUGAGCUCAUGGGUAGAGAGGUCGAUAUAGAGUCAGCCUUUCAGCAAGUAAAGCUCGAGCGAGAAUCCUCGAACAACUUGACUAUGCUCGAGAAGCAGAGGUAUCUUAGGUCGAGUUAAUCGACUUAGGGGAAAUGCGGAGCUUUCAGAGAAGUACAUGAGGAAGUUCUCGAAGGUCGAGUUAGUCGACUUGGGAGAUUUUCCUAGAUUCAGCAUGAUUUAAAGAGAGUUUGAGGAAGAACUAAAUUAUUUAGUAUAAAUAGUUCUCUAUGUAUAUAUAAACUAUAGCUUGAGCGUGGCUGUUUACGUAAGAAAGUCAGUAAACUCCUCCCAACACUUUGGUGGGCAAAGGUCCGGGAUGGUUGGGGAUUUGGCCUGUCCCGGUAUCUGUCUUGCUUUUUUGAAAUGGUUUGGGACGAGAAACUAUCUCAAUUUAGUAUUUACUAUGUAUAUUGGGUUGGACCGGUUCGUAUAUUUGUUUGGGGUCAAUUUAGUACAUCGGGAUUAUUAUUUUAGAAGUGAUUAAUGGAUUACUAUAAUACCAUAUAUAUAUUUUUUUGUACUAAGGAAUUAAAUGGGAAAAAC